UAGAAAAUGGAUCUGCAUUUCAGCAGUUUCAAUUCAAAGCAAAAAGAUGACAGUAUCCUUUGCUUGUUUUCGCUCCGCUACUCGUUGCGCAGCUACACUGUACCAUGUAACGGCGCUUGCGAUGGCGUGGUUCUCCCGACGAGAGAGUGACGGAAACUAUAAUAGCGCCAGAGGGCUUGUCCGGACCGAUGCUCCGGGAUUCUUUCAUGAGGCCUGUGAGUGAAACUAACUAACUCUGGCAAGGGGGUGACGAGUCGAGUCCUCAGUCGUGUAGAGUGACAUCGAGUCGAGUCGAGUCCAGUCCAGUCCAGUCAUUCUCUGGCCAGCCAAAUUGUCGCGGGACAGCGCUCAAAGAAGAACGGCCCGGACCUACAUUCUAAUGACCUUCCUUUCCCCCACCUUUUCGACCUCUUCCGUUGCGGCAGUCAUGGAUCUCGAGAUCCCACUCCAACCCUCGCCUCCGGCAGCCACAACGACAAACGUUUUGAAGAUAAUACUAACACCCCAGCCUGGUCGGCAACUCUGCAAUAGUUACGAUGGAGAAAAGCGAAUCUGAGGACCAUGCUGGUAGUGGCAACCGCGAGGAAGGUAAUCAGAGUCAGAGCCAAGAUGAAGGUGAGAAGCUGGUUAAUGAUAUUUUCAACAACCGUGAAAAGCUGGAAGAAGCCCAAACCUCAUUCAAUUUGACGGCUGGGAACAAAUCAAAACCUUCUUCCGAUGGCUCAGCUGAAACCAUUGGCACUGAUACACUCGAUGCAACCCAAACAAUCGAGAUAGGGGUGGCAAAUAUCCAACGGAGAUCCCGGCCUGGAGCUUACCAACAACAGCCAUCUGUCAUAGAAGGAGCGGCAGCACUUCAAGUAGCGACCACAAAAACCAUCGACAAGGAGGUGGAAACCAUCCGAACUGCAAUCGAUGCCCAAUCUGGUGGGUCUAGCACGGAUACCAGCAACAACACUGGCCUGGAGAAGAAGCGGCAUAUUGGUGCAACAGGGAAGACUGUAGAAAAUGACGUUCCAAAUCUAUUUGUUGCUCGUGAGAACAUACAACUGGCAAAUACAGCGGAGGCACAACCAGAAGGAGCUGCCUCUGGCGCUGCUGGAAACAACAGCGAUCACAUAGCCUUGGUUCAACCAGGUGCCUAUGCGAUGGGAGGAGUACCAGAACCAACACUAACGGAAGAGAACAAUAGAAUUGAGCAAGACGAGGAAGACCGGGGAGAAGGCCAUGUUGCAAAUGCACCAUGGGAUAUCACUGGAUCAGCAACCUUUGGACCAUCACAGACACAAGCACCAGAACCACCAGCAUCCACUAGACUUCAAAGAGGUAGAAAUGUCCAGACAAAUCUAGAACCAGGGGCCUAUGCAGCUGCUGGAGUGAAUUCUCAUCAGAACGAACCAGAGGCUUCUAAUGUGGGGGAAGUUAGAACUAUUCCAAGUAGUGCUGGUGAUAAUGGUGUACAGCCUUUUGGUGGCCAGGAAGGAGGGCUGGUGGAAGCCAGAGCUGUGGAUGAUGAAGACCCUGAGCAAGUUCUGACAGAAGCAAGAGCGGUGGAACCAAAAUCUAGGAAUCAUGAGCUAGUUCCUUACAGGCCACUGGGAGUAGGAUUGCUUUUGGUUGCUGCUCUCUGUACAGUUGUGGGCCUUUUUGUGGGCAUCAAAAACAAUGGGGUCCCAUCAUCAGAAGAGGCCACUGCCAUGCCAACAGUGCCACCAACAGCACUGCCAACUGUAUUCACUACAAGAGGCUUUAUUCUCCAGACUGUGCUUCCUGACACUACUGCCAGGGCUGCAAUUGGAGAUGGUAACAGUAACACAACGGCAUCUCCCCAGAGUCAGGCACUCAGAUGGACCCUCCAAGAUCCCUCUUUGGAGACAUAUCUGCAAGAUCACCAACGGUUUCUACAGCGAUUUGCUCUGGCAACUUUCUACUAUUCUACCAAUGGAAAUGUGACCUGGGGAAACAAUGACAAAUGGCUGGACUACAACCACCACGAAUGCCAUUGGUUCGCUAAAAAUGAUAUUGCCUUUGCUCAACCAGAUGAUCAAAUUACCUACCUACAAGGCUAUGACGAGAUGGUCAAUAAGAACCCCUGUGAGUUGCCACCCAAUGUGACAGUGCCCACAACUGCCACCUUGACUACUGAGUCUUCCUUCAAACAUCUAUGGAUGUACACAAAUCGAUUGGAUGGAACUUUUCCGAUGGAAAUAUCAUUUUUACAGUCCUUGCGGAGCAUCUCCACCUAUGUGAACCCCAAACUGAGGGGCAGCAUCCCAACUGAAAUAGGGGUUCUCACGAACUUGGAAUUCAUUGCUCUGCCUUUUUCAUCUCACACUGGGACUCUGCCGACGGAGCUGGGUCUGCUGACAAAGCUUCUUUUCCUGGUCAUUUCCAACAAUGCAUUUACCGGAAGCAUUCCUUCUGAGCUGGGAUUGCUUAAUGUCUCAUUGAUGACAUUAAUGCUGGAUCAGAACAUGUUUACGGGUACAAUUCCAGAAGAACUCUACAAUAUCACCUACCUCAGGACUCUCUACAUUUCUGAAAUUCCAUUGGAAGGGACACUGUCUACCAAAAUUGGUCAGCUUACUAACAUGUGGGACUUCCAAGCUGAUUUGCUGGCAAAUGGUUUGUCAGGCACGAUUCCAUCGGAGAUUGGAAAGUUGCAUAUGCUGAAACGAUUUGUGGCCUAUAACACCGAUUUCACUGGAACAAUUUGCACAGAAGUCGGCCUGCUCACAAACCGCCUUCGAGUUCUGGACCUUCACAGCAAUUUCUUAAAUGGCCCGAUCCCUUCAGAGCUUGGGCUCCUUUCAACCGCAACUCAGGUAUUUUUUGAUGACAACAUGCUCACCGGAACAAUUCCGACGGAGAUAAAUGGAGACAAUUUGCCAGAGUUGUUUGCAUGGGAUGUGAGAGGGAAUGAGGGCCUGGUGAUCAACUCUGACAGUGACAACGUCACAAAUUUUGAUGUGUUUCCAGAAGAGUUAGGGGGGUGCUGGAUCAAUAUGACUUUCAUUGACCUGGAUUGCCCUGUGAUGUUGAUCACUUCAAACGCAUCCAUACGCUGCGAUUUAUGUAAAUGCAGCUGCGCACCCAGAAAUGAAGUAGCUGUUCCAUAAUAUUGUGAUUACAAUAUUUCCCGCACAUACUAGCCGACCGAGCAGUCCAGUUGUUUCCGGCAAAGGGUCUCUACCCACAAUGUCUCUUCCUACCACACAGCUUAUAUGGAGCUGCAUCAGAGCACUUUGGCUGGGAUGGCCGGUUGUAUGGGGAAGAUUGAAUUCAACUUGGGCAGGAGUCCAAGAUUGGUGCUCCGAGAUCGUUUCGGGAGGGCUGCAAACCGCAAACCAGUUGAUAAAACUCUGCUAAUUAGUUGCAUAUUUGACUGACG